AUAACAGUGGUGUGUUAAAGUUCGACUUAGUACAUCUUGAUAAACUUUAACCUGUUUUGUUCUUGUUGUCAUUUCACACUUGUGGAACCAAAGGAACUUGGAUCAGUAUGACAAAGUGUAGUAUCGCCCUCUUCGUCAUCUUUUGUUCAGUCUUGAACACAGAGUGCGUUAGGACUGCAAGACACGGGGAAGAAUGUACACAUGGAACAAAAAACGUUCAUGGCGAAUGUAUCUGUGAUCCAGAUUGGACUGCACCGCAUUGUGAGAAUCCGAAAUGCUAUCAUGGAGGCGAGUUAGAACACCGUCAUCAUGUUUGUAAAUGUAGAAAUGGUUAUAUAGGAACACAUUGUCAAAUAUCUGAAUCACAAGUAGAAACAAAUCCAUGUCACUCAUAUACUUGUUAUAACGGUGGCCAUUGUUACCACGAUGGCAGUCAGUUAAUUUGUGCUUGUCCUAUUGGAUACACCGGAGUGAGAUGCGAACAGCGUCAAGUCGCAACAACAGCUGCAACAGUUGUGAUAACAGGGUGUGGAAGAUCGCCAUGCCAAAAUGGAGGACAUUGUUACUAUGACCACAGUGGUUAUUUUUGUAAAUGUCCAUCACAGUAUACUGGAUCUGGAUGUGAAGUUUUUAUCGUACCGACCACAACUUCUGCCACCACUACAGUUGUGACUACCAGUCCACACGUUGACAUCUGUGCAUUUGGGCCAUGUGUUCGUGGAGUGUGUUUACCAAAUAAAGAUGAUUACUUUUGCUACUGUCCCAGUGGAUAUGCAGGCAAACAUUGUGAACAAGAAUUAGAAGGUUGCCAUAGCAGUCCGUGUCUGAAUAAUGGCCAUUGUUAUGAUGAUGGUAACAUUUACGUAUGCAUAUGCCAAGAUGGAUUUGAAGGAAACAAUUGUGAAAAUGUGACUAUUACAGGUCCUACAUUUGAUCCAUUACAAUCGUUGACACUUAAGCCAGGACAAACUUUUGGCCCUGACAUACCAGCAACUACAGCUCGCUCUUAUGUUGUCUGCAAUGAACUUGAACUGAUUCUCCUACUUUCAUCUGGUAAUCGAGUGAAUCACACUAAUGCUAGAACAUGUCCAAAUGGAAAAUCAGAAUCAGAAGCUAUCUUAUUUAAGCAUUGCUCGGCAAAACCAUUAAACCAAUGGAAAGCUGGUGCUCAGGUUUCUCAGAACUGUAAUACCUUGCCAAAAUAUUCAGCCGUUGCACAGUUUCAUCAUGGAGUAGCUACACUGAACACUGGAGUGUUCAUAAAAUGUGACGGAAGCGAGCGCUUUGAGAUGUUUACACAGACCUGUGAUCAAGAUUUUCACAUUUCUGGAGUGACCUGGCCGGAUUCAGACUCGUUUUACACAGUGGAAUGGAUAUGAUUGCUGUUUUUUACAAUCGGAAUAUUAAAAUUAUAAUUAUU